CUAUAGCAACUCAGUUUAUUUAUUUCAUGACUUGUUCUGAAAUAAUUUUUGAACUAUAUCGCUCUCCGAAUUCAAUAUAAUUAUGGAUAAUUUAAUGGAUAAAUCACAAUAUAUUAAAAUAUACUGCAGAUUAAAACCAUUAAAAAGUUAUGAAAAAUCUAUCAAAUAUGAAAUCACAAACAACGAAAGAUUGGGUGUAGAUGUGCUCGAUUUAAAAUAUCAGUCGUAUAGAUACAACCACGACACAUAUAAAUAUAGAUACAAUGGAGUAUUUAAUGAAAACACUUCUCAAAGCUUGAUUUUUGAAACUGUGGCUGUACCAAUAUUAGACAAAUUUUUAGCUGGGAUGAACUGUACCAUUUUUACGUACGGACAAACUAGUAGUGGAAAGACUCACACUAUGUAUGGGACAAAAAAAGACCUGGGAAUUAUUCCUCGGUCUUUAGAAUAUUUAUUCAAAUACACAGAAGAACUAAAUUUCGAAUUCCAAAUGGAAUAUAUAGAAAUUUAUCAAAAUGAUAUAUAUGAUUUAUUUGGAAAAAAAAAAAAGAAAAACAUGCCUUCCAAUAACAAGAUCAAAUAUGGAAUUGGCAAAGGAGGUAGUAUUAAUUACAAGAAUACAAUUAAUACCAUCAAAAUAACUAAAUUACAACAUGCACUAAAAUUAUUGAAGAUGGGGAAUGAAAAAAAAAAAACCGCAUGUACAUCAUCAAACAUAACAUCAAGUCGGUCCCAUUGUAUAUGUACAAUCAAAUAUAAAAUAGAACAAGAAGGUCCAGAAAUAAAAUUUAAUUUGGUGGAUUUAGCUGGAUCUGAAAAUAUUUCAAACACGACAGAUGACAAAAAGACGUUGAUCGAGUCUCGAUCAAUAAAUUCUUCACUACAUCAUCUGAACCAUGUUAUACGUUCACUAGCAAAUCCUAAAGUAUACGUGCCUUAUCGGAAUUCUACCAUUACAUCGGUACUUAAAGAUUCACUAGGUACUGAAUGUGCUACCGCGAUGAUCAGCACUGUAGUAUUGAAUCACCGAUGCAUCGCAGAGUCGAUCUCUACUUGCCAAAAUUCUAAAGAAGUAUCGGCAAUAAAAUACCGAGUCCCAGAAAAAAAAAAGAUAAAUGAGAAAAAACAGUACAAGGUUAUAGAGUUAAAUGACGUUUUAUUAAAAGAAAAAGAACAUGACAUGUCUGGAGGUUUUCAUAGCAAAGUGAAAGAAAACAAGAUAGUCUUAGAGGAUAAAACAACCAAUACAGAGAACAACGAGUAUUUGAUAAAUGAGUCAAUUGACACACCCCGCGUGUUAUAUGACAAGUUAAAAGACGAUGGAAUUUGUAUGAAUGUAACGUAUGACGUUCAUGAUGAUCGAUAUAAACUGGAUGAUUUUGCCAUCGGUGACGGUUUCUGCGUUCCGGUGGUCGACGUGACGGCUCUACCCGUUAUGGAAUUCGGCGAUGGAAUUAAUGAUACUCAUGAUAAUUCGAAGAUGACUAAGGUUCACGACAUGUUACCACUCUUUGUGGAAUGCGGGAUCGGAACUGAGGAUAUCUUAGUUACCCAGUCAGAACAUGAUGAUAAAAACAUAUAUACGCCAUUAAAAAACUCGUUAAUUAAUCGAGCCUCUAAUUUUUACUGGGGACAUUAUAAAAUGAUUCAAUUAAUAUUGAUAACGAUAAUUUUAAUGUUGAAUUCGCAUUUUUUUAUAUCGACAGUAGGAUUUGACAUUCACAGUUUUAAAAACACAUCGGAUGAUUUAAAUGACGAAGAUUAA